GGGAAGGUCUUUUGUUUGUACGCGCAUCGGAAAAUAACACACUCUAUCGCGGGAAGGGGUGUGGAGGGCGAAAACGACGACGAACGAUGAUGAUGAUGGGGUUUCGCCGAUGUCGCAAACCACGGCUUCCUUUAACGAGCGUUUCAUUCUAGGCGCUUCUGGCGGAGGAAGCGCCGAAACUGAAGCGGCAAGACACACAACGGACACACACACACACCCACCCACACUGCGGAGUGAGCUCGCUGGAGGGCUAGGAAAAGGAACAGUGGGGUCCGGGGCGCCGAAAUUGGCCGCCAACUUUAGUCGCAUGAAACAUUAAUUUCAUGGUCUCGGUCAUCAGUGCCAGUUCGGGCGUCGAGAUUUACGGUCUCCGUUUGUGCAGAGGAUGCAGCCGAUCAAAUCGUUCUACCUGUUCUCGAAGCUGUUCGGGCUGUGCCCGUACCCGCUCGAUCCGACCGUACCGGUCAACACGCGGGCCAGCUACGUGAAGCAGCUGCUGCCAACGUACACAGUGCUGCUGCUGUACUCCUCCUGCCUGGUGAGCAUCUUCUGGCAGAGUGGCAACACGUCCGACAUUUCCAACGCCGCUAAUUGGAUACAGUUCAUUCCCAACUCAUUUGCGUACGUCUUUUCGCUCGUCUUUGCCAUCCGGCAUCGCACGAUGGCGAACGAAAUUUUGACCACCUUCGCCAUCGCCGACGAUAAGCUGCGAACGCAGUUUGGUAUUUCCUUCACGAUGCCAAACGUCAAAAUGAGACGCGUGUCCAUCCUGGCUUGCAUUGUCACCAUGACCUGCGGCAGUACCAUCGGGGCGCUCACUUAUUUGAUCGGAGUUAAUUGGAAUCGUAUAUGGACGUUGCUUUAUUGGAUCGCCUUCUGUAUGCCAAAGUUUGGAUUGCUUCUGUUCAGUUUCCAGUUCGCCGGCUGUAUCCUGUACCUGUCGGACCGGGCCAUGCUGCUGCUGAGAGGCAUGAACAAUUUUCCGGUCGGUGUGGAAAAUCUCGCCCUGCAGCCGCAAACCCACGGCCACGGGCCGCAGUACAAAACGCUCAACAUGGCGAUGGGCGGCAACCAUCUGCCGAGCAUGCACGAGGGCAAGCUGAACCGGCUGACCACGCUCGCGACCAUCAAGAUCCGCGCCAUCAGCCCGCUCGACUCGAUCCAGCACAUCCGCGAGGUGGUCGAGCUGCUGCAGGACCUGUCGGUCAAGAUAAACCACUGCUUCGGCAAGCAGGCCAUCUUCUCGCUGCUGUCCGCGUUCACCUGCGUCACGGUGCAGCUGUACUACAUGCUGAACCACAUCAAGUCCGGCUUCACCGCGUCCCGGUCCGAGAUCUAUGCGCUCGCGUCCUGCAGCCUGCUGUUUCUGCACGGCAUCGAGUUUUGGUCGCUGUUUACCAGCGGCGAGAACGUGCGGCUCAAGUGGAAAAAGGUGAUCAAUUUCCUGUUCUUCAUGAAGUCCAAAUCGGCCGACGAUGACUUUCGCACCAAGGUGGACGAUCUGAUUUCGUUCAUGGUGACGAAUCCGCUCGAGUUCAAUGCGUACGGGCUGUUUCCCAUCGAUCUGUCGGUGCUGACGGGGAUUGCUUCCUCCAUCACAACGUAUCUGAUCGUGCUGAUACAGUUCAAAAUAUCCGAGGAGCAGUCCAGCGGCUAUGACGAUGAUUCGGACGAGAAAAGUCAGAUCCAGUAUUCAGCACACUAGCGCAGUAACUGCACGGUGGAAGUGCGCUGUUGGUGCGAUUGGAACUAUUGGCUGAUGGGAUGAUACCGUGCUCGGGACUGUGAGUUCGCUCUUUGUCGCCUGACGUCAUUGUGGAAGGUCGCCAGGGGUUUUGUGCCAUCUACCUGGAUCUCGAUGCAUGAGCUCCAAUGCCCGAUAAAGCUUCAGUUCGAACAUUAUUUGUUUCAUUGCGAAUCACAUAAGAGGCGAAAGAACUCCGUUGGAGCCAAAGCAUCUAUAAACUAUUCAAACAACAAACAACAAUUGCGAAUCACAUGAAUGCUCGCAUCAAUUUAAUUUGACAAGAUUUGAUUUUGAAGUUUCAGAUAGCCACAUUGCUUGCCAUUAAACUUUUCAAUUCCUUAGCAUUCUCUCAAAUCGAUAAUUUAAGCUCAAUUUAUCACCACACCAUAUGUAUGUUAAUCCCUGAAUUCAACAUUUUAAUUAAAAUUUUAAUCACAAAGUACAUCAAAGGAAUGUUUUUGCGAUUAUUUUGUAUUUUUCUAUGAGUUUGUUGACUAUUUCAAUAGUUUGAGUAGGUAAACCAUACAAAUUAUGUUUAAAAUGAUUUUUUUCAUUGAGUCGGAUUAACUGAACAAAUAUUCUUUAUCACUUGAAAUGAAAAAUUCGUCAUUUUGCAAGGAUCUAUUUAAAAUUAAAAUGUAAAUCGGUAGUAUAAAAAUCAUUUUGAAUAGGAAGGUGUAUACCACGUAUUAAGUUUCAUCAUAGAGUCGGUAAACUUCCUUUUACGUCUGUAAAAGUGCUAAAAUAACUCAAAAAGUUGUUAUAGCAGCCACUUACAGAUAAACACUUUGUUAUGUGAACUAAAAACAUCAACAAAAGUGAUGGAAGCAACAUAAACGAGCACUGUCCGGGCAGCAGCUUCGAGAAGCUUUAAUGUACGUUCAUAACAAUGUAAAACGCCGGGCCUACACUUGCUUGCUCUGUAAAACAUCCUUCUGUUUAUUGCUUUAUUUAUUUAAAUCAUAAAGUAACAAUACGAUGUACUUCACCCGAUGGGUUUAUUAAUGUUUAGAAUCGCCCAUUAGCUUUAAUCGCCGUACUUGAGAAACAACACGCUGACCUGAGCCUGUUAGCUCAACGCUUGCCGCAAUGCAAUGGGUUGAACGCCCUUUUUUUCUGCACUUUAAUAACACCGAUUAGCAAGUCUUUAUUCUUUCCACCCGGCCCAGCUGAAGGACACCAGCUACACCGGCAGCGCACAACAU